AUGUGUGUUUCCAUUUUCUUGGUCUAUUUCUUUCUUGCAUAUCUCUUUCGUCUUUCUUUCUUUCUUUCUUUCUUUGUAUCUUCUUUUCUUUUUCCUUUCUUUCUGCCUGUCAUUUUCCUUUUUCCUUUCUUUCUGUCUGUCAUUUUCCUUUUUCCUUCUUUCUUUGCUUAUUCUUUCUUUCUUUCUUUUUCUUUCUUUCUGUCCUUCUUUCUUUCUUUCUUUCCUUCUUUCUUUGUAUCUUCUUUUCUUUUUCCUUUCUUUCUGCCUGUCAUUUUCCUUUAUCCUUUCUUUCUUUGCUUAUUCUUUCUUUCUUUCUUUUUUCUUUCUUUCUGUCCUUCUUUCUUUCUUUCUUUCUUUCUUUCGUCUGUUUCCACUUUCUCUUUUUUUUUCCACGUCUCUUUCCUCUUUCUUUCUUUCUUUCUUUCUUUCUUUCUUUCACGUCUGUUUCCACUUUCUCUUUUUUUUUCCACGUCUCUUUCCUCUUUCUUUCUUUCUUUCUUUCUUUCUUUCUGUCUUCUUCCAUAUCGAUUCCAUCAUGCUCAUCCAUUCACAAAUGAAUUGUUCCACCUCAGUUAA